GCAUCCUUCUGGACCACCGCAGUUUAUGUUGUUCAUUUAUUAUGAUGACAACGCCAUAUUAUAUCUAUGAAGGCCUAGAAAUUAAGUAAUUCAAUCAUCCAUCUUGACGUAUCAUGGCUUCCAGCAUUACGACCAAAGCCUGCGAGCCCAUCGUCAGCAAGACCUUUCCGCGCGAUGGCUUGGCUGUGACAGCGUGCGAAAUGGGGAGCAAUUACUUCGUGGUUGCAAAGGAAGCUGCUCUCUAUGUAUUCGACUUUGCUGAUAAGUCCCUAACUACGCUACAAGAGAAGGGGAAUGUCACCUGGUGUCUGGCAUUACGCGAGGAUAAGAACCGCUUAGUGACGGGUGGGGCCGAGGGUGAGGUCCUGAUAUGGAAUAUACGGACAAAGUCAGUCACUCGCUUAUUGAAGGGUCACACUAGCACUGUCCGCAGCCUCCAAAUCGUGAAUGAUACCACGCUUAUCUCCGGUAGUCGCGACUCGACCAUCUGCAUCUGGGACAUGGACUCUGAUGAAGUUGAUCCUAAGCUAGUUCUAAAGGGGCAUACGGAAACGGUACGGUGCCUCAAGGUUCAUGGCGGGGUGCUCGUUUCCGGUGGUAAUGAUGGGGAGGCGCGAGUUUGGGUUAUCCAUACCGGACAAUGUCUCCAUGUGCUCAAAGGACACACAGGGACUCUGUAUGAUAUAUCUUUUGACGGGUCUCGGAUUGUCACAGGCAGUCUGGACUCAACUAUCCGAGUUUGGGAUCCUCAGUCUGGAGCCUGUCUGGGAGUUCUUUCGGGCCACAGUGGGGCCGUCACCCGGUUAUGCUUACAAGUGGAUACUCUUAUCUCUGCGGAUACUGUUGGAACGGUGAAAGCGUGGUCCUUAACUACAGCUUCGGGUCGGACUAUCGCUGAGGAAAGAGAAGGAAGUGUCAUUUCGUUGGCGGCAGAUGGUGAAAAUAUCCUCGUUGGUAACACGAAUGGUUCGGCAUAUCUAGUCCGUCGUGAUUCCGGUCCAAGGAAGACACUUGUCGCUGGAGCAGACGCUGUCUGGAACGUGGGGUUCACUCCGUUUAAUCGUCCAUUGGCAAUUUACUUCAAGGGGGGAGAUACUCAACUGGACAUUUUCUGAAAUGCUGCAGCAACGGGUUAUCUUAUAUAAAGCCAGGUUUGUGCUCGUCGCAUUGAUGGAUUGCAUGAAGUUCGAUAGAGCACGUUCAAUCUUCAAUUAGGUGGUGUUUAGUGGCAGGAAGGGAUUACAAUAAUCAGAGAGCUACUGGUUGUUUAGAUGCUGGUAAUUGUGUUAUGGAGUUAUUUUUAAAUCAGAAAGGCCCUGAUUCAUAACCCACUGAACCUAGAACUCGUACCAAGUAAUAGUGAAAAUGAUUAUUGUUUAGGAAACUUAA